CUUGAACCACAAGAUUUCAUCAACCUCUCGAGAUUUCAAUGAAGAAAAGGAAAUUGAAAGAGAACAUUUUUCAACGACAAAACAAAACUCAACACCUAGCACGUUCUCCUUGCACUUUUGUUUAAUUUAAUUUGGUUCACCUUCACAACAGUCUCUUUCUCACCUCACUUUUAUAUCUAUCUUCUCUUUGCUUCUUCAAACUUCUGUUUCCCUAAACAUAUAAGUCUGUUGCAAAUAUUGAAUAUCUCAUUCAUUUCCUUUUAACCUGAGAAACUAUCUAUCAUUAAUACUUUCUAGUUUUCUAGUGGAGGAGGAGUGAAAAGACUAAAUUUCUGUGUUUGUGCUAACUAUUGAAAAACUUGUACAAACUAUCUAUUAUUGGCUCUGUUGAGAAGGAGGACUUAGGAGAAGAUUUUCACCUUUGGAUUCUGCUUCCAUGGAUAUUCAAGGUCGAAAUGGAGCUACUAGAUCACAAGGUGGCCUUCCAUUUGAAAAUGGAGUAUCUUUAAAUUCUGGAAUGCAUUUGGUGCCAUGUAUUGAGAAACAAGAUGAUCAGAUUUCUUGCGGAAAUGACAAUUCUUUGAAGGCAAGGAAACCAUAUACUAUCACGAAGCAGAGAGAGAGGUGGACAGAUAAAGAACAUGAGAAUUUCCUUGAAGCUUUGAAGUUGUAUGGCCGGGCUUGGCCACAGAUUGAAGAACAUGUUGGUACAAAGACUGCUGUUCAGAUUCGAAGUCAUGCUCAGAAAGUUUUCACUAAGAUUCUUCGCGAGACUAAUGGGAACAGAACAACCUUGGUGGCGUCCAUUGAAAUUCCACCUCCAAGACCAAAAAGAAAACCAAGUCAUCCUUACCCGCGAAAACUGGUAGAGAUCCCAAAUAAGGAAUUUUCCAUCACAGAACAACCACUAUCAGAUUUUAGUCAAGAAAAUAAAUCUCCCAAGUCAGCAUUAGCUGCAGCUGUUUCAGAAACACAUGGUUCCUCUGAUUCAGAUAUUACUAGUAGCUUUCCACUUGUUGAUCCCAAAACAUCAUCUGAGGAAGAUAGAUCCUCACCAUUAGAUGGAGUAAAUGGAGGUUCAGCUUAUAAUAUGCAACCACUUGUGGAACUCGAGCAUUUGUCCAAGGAAAAUGUUUGUAGUGAAGGCGAGGCAUCAGAGGAAUCAUCUGGUUGUACUUUCAAGCUGUUUGGGACAACUCUACUUGUAGCAGAUAUCUGCAAACAUUCAUCUCCAACAUUGGAGACAAUUAAACCAAUACCUGCCAUGUAUCUUAUGCAACUUCAGAGUGGGUGUUCUGAUAUUGCAACUAUUGUUCCAUGGUGGACUCUUUCCUCCAAGGAGCCUGAGGAGAAAUAUCCAUAUCCUAAUCUUACAGAAUGUGAAGAUAAAGAAGUUCCAAAGGAAGGAUCUUGGACUGGUUCCAGCACUAGUUCAGUCCAUGAUGAAGAGAACAAUGAGAGAUCAGAUGAUCAAACCAGAAGUCAAGUGCAUAAUCUUGUUGGACACACUACACCAAGUGAAACGUCAGCAGCUAUAUCUGACCUCAGAGUGAGAUCUAAAACCUGUGGGAAAGGGUUUGUGCCAUAUAAAAGGUGUGUGGCAAAGAGGGACAAUCAGUGCUCAGCAAUAACAGAUGAGGAGAGUGAAGAGCAAUGUAUCCGACUAUUCUUAUGAGUUCCCUUCAAAUGGAGUUUUUCUUCAAACCGACAGCACACAUGUGCUUGGCUCCACGCUGAAAUGCUUUAGAAUUACUUCUCGUUAGAAGCUACAAGUCUCAGCUUCGGGGAGUAAACGCCACUUCAAUUAUCUGCUAAUCGUGAAACAAAACAUGCAUGCUACUAAGAAAGUAGGUGGAUGACCUGAUGUGAAAAUAGAGAAAAGGGAGCUGAAAGUUUUGACAUAUCUACUGCUUGGAAAGCCCCCAUUGCUCUCAUAUUGAUCUUCAAGACUAUUUUUUUCUUUUUCCAUGGCCAGUGUUUUUGCUUUUUAGCUUUUCUUUACUAAUUGUCUUUAGCUGUACUUUCUCUAAAGCUUUAUUAGCACAAUUAUUCAUUUGUCACUUGUCUCUCAUAUUAAUAAGAUAUAUAUAGCAUGCUGAGAUCA